AUGAAUGUCAUGGUCAAGACACCGAAUGACAAGAUAAUGACUACUGAGGUUGAGGGAGAAGAUAGCAUAUACGGUGUGAAGGUAAAGAUUUUCAAUGAAACUGGUGUUCCCCCAGGCAGACAAUGUCUCAUCUAUGCUGGGAACGUAAUGGAGGAUGGCCGCACCUUGGUUGACUAUGACGUGCCCAAUGAGUCUACCAUUUAUCUUGUGUCGCGCCACAUGCGCAUCUCUGUCAGGACGGUUAGCUGGAUGAAAAUCAUUGAGCAUGCGUUUAUGCAAUCACAGACCAUUGACGACAUCAAAGCGUGGAUUUACUGUGAGAUGGGCAUUCCCCCGGAGCAGCAACAGCUCUCUGACCCGGGGGGCGCCCCCCUGGCUGAAGAGAUCUUGUAUUCAUGCACCCUUGUCCUGCAGAUCCGUCCUCCCGGUUUUCAGUGA